AUGGCGAUAACAAAGGCCGGGAGCAGCGGGGCCGGGUGCGUGCUGGGGGCGGGGCCUCGGCGUCACCGGGACGGGGCGGGGCCGGGCGCGUGCUGGGGGCGGGGCUUGGCGCGCUGCCCCGCCCCCUGGCCCUGGACAGCCCGGCUGCGCGCGCGCCGGGAGGAGAUGGCCGCGGUGUCCCGGCCGCGCGUGCGGCUGGUGGUCACCGCCGACGACUUUGGCUACUGCCCGCGGCGCGACCAAGGCAUCGUGGAGGCCUUCCUGGCCGGCACCGUGACCAGCGUGUCCCUGCUGGUCAACGGCACUGCGGCCGAAAGCGCGGCCCAGCUGGCUCGCAGGCACGGCAUCCCGACAGGCCUGCACGCCAACCUGUCCGAGGGCCGCCCCGUGGGUCCGGCCCGCCACGGCUCCUCGUCGCUGCUCGGCCGCGAAGGCUUCUUCUUGGGCAAGAUGGGGUUCCGGGAGGCGGUGGCGGCCGGAGAGGUGGCUUUGCCGCAGGUGCGGGAGGAGCUGGAAGCCCAACUCAGCCGGUUCCGGGAGCUGCUGGGCCGAGCGCCCACGCAUGUGGACGGCCACCAGCACGUGCACGUGCUCCCAGGUGUGUGCCAGGUGUUCGCUGAGGCGCUGCAGGCUGCUGGCGUGCGUUUCACACGGUUGCCGCUGGAGCGUGGCGUGGGCAGCUGUGCGUGGCUAGAGGCCCCCGCGCGCGCCUUCGCCUGCAUGGUGGAGCGCGAUGCCCUCGCCGCUGUGGGCCCCUUCUCUCGUCACGGCCUCCGGUGGACUGACGCCUUCGUGGGCUUGAGCACCUGCGGCCGGCACAUGUCCACGCACCACCUUCUGGGGGCGCUGGCGCGGGCCCUGGAAGGCGUCCCCGCGGGCCAUGCCCUGACGGCUGAGCUGAUGGCGCACCCCGGCUACCCCAGCGUGCCUCCAUUCGGGGGCUGCGGAGAGGGCCCCGACGCCUUCUCUUGCUCUUGGGAGCGGCUGCAUGAGCUACGGGUCCUCACGGCGCCCACGUUGUCGGCCCGGCUUGCCCAGGACGGGGUUCAGCUCUGUGCCCUGGACUCCCUGGACUCCAAGAGACGUGGGGAUGGGGUGCCCUGUGAGGCCACCCUGGACCCCUUUCUGCAGCCCUCCCCACCUUGAACCCGACUGGAGAGAGCCAAACUCUGAUGCCUGUUUAGUGCAGAGGGAGGACGGGACCGAGCUCCACGGCUGGACAGCGUCAGGACGCGGGUCCCUUGGAGUCAGGGGCUUGGGACUUUCGCUGCCAAGCUGUGUUUCCAGGCCCUGGCUGGCUCAGAGCGACACCCAGAGCAGGGGACAUCUCCUCUGGGAGAUGCUCAGCCUG